GUUUUUACAUAACUAACAAUUAAUAUACUUAUUAUGUAUAUCCGGGCUAUAAUUUUAUGCAUAGCUAUACAGACUGUGCUCUGUUUUAACGACGGAAAACGUACGGCAAGUACCGGUGCUUCCGAUGCCCGCUAUGGCACCGUUCGGACCAAUGAAAUAAGUGAUCCGGGCGCACACAUAUUAUACCGAUUGAACGAAGCACGGGAGGCCACCCCCGACCACAUUGGCUACUAUAACAUGGCUGAGACCGAGGCAACAGAAAGCAUCAAGCAAGUGAUCGCUAUAUUCAAUGAGGUGACCGCCAAUUUCGAGUCCCAGGAAUGCCUGUCUUUC